GUUCAGAGUCCUCAUGGAGCUCGGGGAUCUGCUGCGGUUCACUCAUUGCGGGAACACCGUGUUCACAUCGGCAGAUGAGGCGGGCUUGCGGUGCCCUGUGUGCGGGCAAGCGGUACGGUUCGCCUUGUCCGAGGCUCCGGUCCGGAUCCAGUGCCCAAUUCGAGACGGGCAUCGCGCAAGCUGCUGCUUCCUUGUGACGUCACAGAGCGGUGCAAUCGGCCUCAGUGAAGAGAAGGAAUCAGAGCUUCAUGUUGGUAUUUGCAACUCUGAAGGCCUGGUGUUCAGUUAUACAGAGUUGGGAGUUCAAUGUCAGCAGCAGGGCUGGGAACAGAGCAUCAUCAUCCCUCUGGUCGCCCCCAGCAACUGCAUCCCAGACUUUAAAAGACGGUGGGACGCACAACUUGAGGUGUUUGCUGCACUGGACACCUGGACGCCAGACAGGUUUCAGGAGGAGAGGGAGUUUGGAUCGUGUUGUUAUGGUUUUGCGCUGGGCUUCAUUAACCAAGUGAUGAUGUCACAGGGCAAGCAACCAAUCAGCAGAGAGUGUUUCACCUCUGAAUACGUGCUCCCCAGGAUUGAGAGCGCCACCCGAUACCUGUCAGUGUUCCAGCACGUCUGUCGCCAUGGAUACCAUUGCACUGGACAACGUUCUGACUGGAACUCUCAUGUCUCCUGGGGUCCUUGAACUCACCGCCAGCUUGGCCCACACCAGAAGGUCUGUCGUCAUGGUGAUGUGCAAAGUUGCCGCUUAAGGAUGACAAAUGAAUUCACAAGCUAUUCUCAAAAUAAGACAUGAAUUAAUAUACUGUAUUGUUAAUGCAAAACCUCUCUCACUUAUUAUCUUUGUUGAUUUUAUAAGUUAGCCCUUUAUUAGAUCCACAGGGAACGUAAAUAAAUAACAACGUUAAAUGGAGAACUGGAGGUAGCCAAAAAUAUCAAGCAACUGGACAAAUAAUGAAGUUACUGUAACAUCGUCUUGGCUACAAGGGAAAUAAAAGGCACAAACACUGCAAUUAUAACAUGGAUUAUGCCAAAUUCAACAAAUUAAAGCAAUACAUUUCAUUUCAUUGACUGCCGUAUUUCCAUAUUUAUCCUUCAUUCUUAAUCUCUUUGCUUUACUUAUCUUUAUUUUAAUCCAGGGGGGUCCUAACAUUUUUCCAGCGAGGGCCACGUAGUGAAAAAUGAAAGGAUGCAAGGGUCACUUUCAUAUUUUGCAUAGCAACACAUGUAGAUAUUGUCAUGUUCCGCAGGACAGGACCGAGCACUUCCUGUCCUGCACUCUUACUUUGGUGUGCUGCACUUCCUGCUGCGGGAAAGCUGCAGCCGCUUCACCUCCGUGGUUUGCUGCGCUGCUGGCAGCUAUAACAAUCAGUAGGGUUUAAAAGCCCAGCGCCGCCUCAAGUACGGCGCUGGUUCAUUGUCUUGUCGCCUGUUGCCUUUGUUAUCCUGGCGCAUGCUGUCACCGGAACUUCCUGCCUGUUGCUACGUUCCAGAACUACGUUAA